GAACAAGAGAUCGCGAUGAUCCGCUUUCUCGACAAACAUACUCGCAUACCCGUCCCGUCGAUUCGCUUUUUCGACUUCACCUCCAACAAUCCACUUGGUCAGCGCUACUGCAUCCAACCCCGCCUCCCCGGAGCGAACGCGAUGCUGGCUUACCCGAAACUCAACAUCCAGCAGAAAGUGUCUUUCGCAUCAGAGUACGGGAAGGCUUUGGCCGGGAUGCAAGCGAAGACCUACUCAUGUGCAGGUAUUCUAGAUCCCAAGGGUACCCGGGGCGACUUUGAGCAGGUGCCAAUGCAUCAAUUCGACGUUCCCCCUCGAGACUUCCACGGUCGUUUCGGCGAUUUUUCCGAUUGUCCUGGACCACCAGCUGUUCCACAGACGACAUUGGACUUCUUGUUAUCGAUGUUUAAGCGUCAGAGGACUUUCGAUCUCAAACACAACCGGAUUUAUCUGAAUCCCUGGGAGGAACUCACGAAAGUCGCACAUGCCAUGAACGACAUAGGCCUCUUCGACGACAACAAAUACUACGUCACCCAUAUGGAUCUCGAGCCUCGCAAUCUUCUUGUCCAUGUCAAAGAUGACGGCACUGCUACCCUGGGAGGCAUCUUGGAUUGGGACAGUGGCGUCUUCGCUCCCCGAUGGAUGGGCUGCAAACCGCCAUCUUGGCUCCGGGACUGGCAAUAUGAUGAUGACGAGGACGAACUCAAGGCCAACAAAACUCCUGUGGACCCCGGAAUGCAAGAGGUGAAGUACAAGUUCGAAGAAGCUAUUGGUCAAGAUUGGCUUCGCUACGCUUACACUCCAGAAUACCGCAUAGCGCGAAAUGUGUGUCUUCUUGCGCUUCGAGGGACGAAUGACUCCGACGCUUACCGCCUAGUUGAUUCUACUAUCGAAGAGUGGGAGAAGCUGCACCCUUUCCCAGAUGUCACGGACGAGGUGGAGGACGAGAUGGAGGUCGGGGAGGAGAGUUCUUCGGACGAGGAUUCGGAUCCUAGUCCAAGUCAAGGACCGGAUGUUGAACCCUCUUCUAUUCUGUAGGUCGUUGGAACUCCUUGCUGAGCUAAAUGGCCCAAAGGGUAGGAGGCCUGAGCAUAGAACCGGUUGCUCGGGUUGUGUGUUGAUUUCAUGUCGCAUGGCGUUUCCGGACCUGAGGAUAUACCCAUUCUGUCUGCGAGGCUGUGGACACCUUGAAGAUCACAUGUUGCUAAAAAGAGGCAGUAAUAAACAGGAACCUGAACCUCCUGUCUAAGGUCCGUCCCUAUGUAGCGAGAAACCCCCCGUGCCGAGAAUUUGUUUUUCUUCAGACAUCUCAAGUCUUUCCUUAUAAGCCUAUAAAGUCAUAGCCAAUAUAAUAAUAUUCUUUAGGCAUUUCUCCUUAGGAGGCGAGUUUACAAUAAGAAAAAUACGACGAUCUUGGUCAUG